GAUGGUUCCGCGCGGAUGACGAUCAGGGAAACGGCCCUACUGAUGAUGGCACACGCGUACGCGGGGUGGGCACCAUCAGGAACGCACCCUAAGCGAGGAAAGGUGCACAACGAAGGUAUCAUCAAAGCAUCCUGCUCUCUGCGAGGUUCCCAUUGGCGGAAGCUUGAUGAACACAGAGUGACGCAAGGCUCCACCACCAUCGAUAGGUGGUCGGUAUCCAGAACAAGCCGUUCACUGAGAUCACGUGACUAUCACGAAUGCGACGGAUCAUAUCUGUCGUGGGAAAUCGACGCUCAUAGUUCUCGCCACCUUUUUGAACUCAAAACUCUUCCGAUGCAAGCCGUUAAUUCCGCAAGGCUUCACAGGUGGACCGUUUCGUAUUGUCGUUCGUACGUAAUGAUCGUUCCCAGCCGUUUAAUUCUGCCGUUAAAUUUGAAGAAACCAACAACGCACACGUGCUACGUUUCUAUCAUGACUUACUAGUACCGUCCAUCCCACAACGUCUUCGGAGCACGUGUUCCUCUGCAAGUGCCAGAACAGAUAGACUCGGUGUGGGGUUGGGCGUCACCCCCGCUGCGCCUCCAAUUAGCCGGGGGGUCUCGGGGCGCCUCGGGGAGUGCAGGCAUCGGUGCCCAGGCCUCACAGAGAAUGGGCGAAAUGGUGGUGGAGCGAGCUCCGUCCCCUCUACGCCUUGGCCACACCUCCGAGAAGCACCCCGGCGCCACCCUGACGGAAUUAAAUGUAUUGCGAAGACACAGAGAACUUUGCGACGUUGUACUCAACGUGGGAACGAGGAAAAUAUUUGCUCACAGAGUCAUACUCUCCGCGUGCAGCCCGUAUUUCAGGGCAAUGUUUACCGGGGAAUUGGCAGAGUCGAGACAAACAGAAGUAACCAUUAGGGACAUCGAUGAAGUCGCAAUGGAGCAGCUAAUAGACUUUUGCUAUACUUCUCAAAUAAUAGUUGAAGAAGCAAAUGUUCAGACUCUCUUACCAGCAGCUUGCCUUCUCCAGCUCGCCGAGAUCCAAGAUGUUUGUUGUGAAUUUCUUAAACGACAACUAGACCCAUCAAACUGCCUUGGCAUUCGCGCCUUUGCCGAUACUCACUCUUGCAGAGAACUUUUACGCAUCGCCGAUAAAUUUACCCAGCACAAUUUUCAAGAGGUAAUGGAAAGCGAAGAGUUCCUGUUGCUCCCUGUGGGUCAGCUAGUGGAUAUCAUAUCAUCAGACGAAUUGAACGUCCGAACAGAGGAGCAAGUUUUUAGCGCAGUAAUGAACUGGGUAAAGUACAAUGUAACAGAACGGAGGCAACAUCUAGCACUAGUGUUACAACACGUGCGACUCCCACUUCUGAGUCCAAAGUUCCUAGUAGGAACAGUAGGAUCGGAUUUGCUCGUUCGUUCGGACGACGCGUGUCGGGAUUUAGUCGACGAAGCGAAAAACUAUCUGUUGCUACCACAAGAACGUCCCUUAAUGCAGGGUCCACGAACAAGACCAAGGAAGCCAACGCGACGGGGAGAAGUUUUGUUCGCUGUAGGAGGAUGGUGUUCAGGGGAUGCAAUCGCUAGUGUUGAAAGAUUCGACCCCAACACAGCUGACUGGAAAAUGGUAGCGCCUAUGAGCAAAAGAAGAUGCGGUGUUGGGGUUGCGGUUCUUAAUGACUUGCUAUACGCAGUUGGAGGCCAUGACGGACAAAGCUACCUAAAUAGCAUCGAGAGAUAUGAUCCCCAGACUAAUCAAUGGUCGUGUGAUGUCGCACCGACAACUUCGUGCCGUACUAGUGUCGGUGUUGCCGUUUUGGACGGAUUCCUAUAUGCCGUUGGCGGGCAGGAUGGCGUGCAAUGUCUAAAUCACGUAGAAAGAUACGAUCCGAAGGAGAACAAGUGGUCCAAAGUCGCGCCGAUGACAACCCGGAGACUAGGAGUUGCAGUUGCUGUGCUAGGAGGAUAUUUGUACGCGAUCGGCGGGUCCGAUGGUCAAUCGCCCCUGACUACAGUAGAAAGAUACGAUCCUAGACAAAAUAAGUGGUCGCAAGUUUCGCCGAUGUCAACAAGACGCAAACACCUUGGUUGUGCAGUGUUCAAUAAUCUUAUAUACGCAGUCGGCGGAAGAGACGAUUGCAUGGAGCUAUCUAGCGCCGAAAAAUAUCACCCUCUCACUAACUCUUGGAGUCCCAUUGUGGCCAUGACGUCUAGGAGAAGUGGGGUCGGUUUGGCAGUUGUGAACGGACAACUUUAUGCCGUUGGUGGAUUUGAUGGAACAGCAUAUCUAAAAACAAUCGAAGUUUACGACCCAGAGCAAAAUCAAUGGCGGUUGUGUGGCUGCAUGAAUUAUCGAAGGCUAGGCGGUGGCGUUGGAGUGAUGCGAGCCCCACAAACUGAGAAUUAUAUUUGGUAGCUCAGGCCCCCCACUUCAGCUCAACAAGCUGAAAGUUUCACAAUCCCUACAACUCCAACAGCACCUCUUUCUGUUCCUAUCGCCAUAACAACAACUAGAAAACGCUACCGUCGCUCCAUGAGCAUCAUAUAAUGACAGGGUGUCCAGCGACUGGGAAUUCCUGGAAAACCGGGAAUUAUACGAUAUGUGGACUUCGAUAUUUGUAUAUAUUAUGUACGUCAACAUCGAAAUCGACUAGGGCACCGCCUUACGCAGGGCAUAGGGAUGUGCAAUCCUUUUUUUCGGGAAAUUCCACUGAUUCGAAAAUUUAUGUUCAUCAACGAGCAUAUUAUUUACAAUAAGUAUCAUGUGUAUUUACAGAUUACUAUUUAAAACAACUAAUAUUCAGUGAUUAUGCAGCACAAAAUAAUGUUCUAAAUGUCCGGGAAUUUUUAUAAAAUAGGGAAAAUAGGGAAAGUCUGGGAAAAUACGGGAAUUAUACGGGAAUUUUCAAGUCAGGUGUUGC